CACGACCAGGGUUACAGUGAGUCCUGCCGAUGUAGUGUCCCAAAGCAGAGAGAGGCCGGAGAGUGGAGGUCAAGAGAGAACCAUCACAUGAGAGACAGCAGAGAGAGAGAGAUAGAGAGAAACACAGGCAAAGGACGGCGAGCUGAAUACGAUAAAGAGAAGUAACAUCGCCAGUCUGAAGCGGCGGAAACACUAAACAUCUGAUCUGAGGACGCAUUCAGUCAAGAGAUGGCGUGGGUGGCGUUAGGACAGACCGGCGAGGCGAGGGUACUGUUCUUACUGUACCUGGCGGCGAUGAUUCAAUCCUUCGUAGCUGCCCAGACCACCGUGAAUAUUAUGGUGAAUGCACGAGGUGGAAAACGAACAGGCGACUCAGGGCAUCACGGCGGCUGUGAAAUACCUGGAGAAGAACACAGGGGAGGGAGUGACGCUUGGUAGCCAGGUGUUUAUCCCGCUCAAGAAAGGGGAUGACGUGGAGGCGACCGUGAAUGAGACGUGCGCUAAGCUGGACGAGGCCAUUGCGGCAGACACCAAGCCCCACAUCGUGCUGGACGCCACCUCCACGGGCCUCAUCUCUGAGACUGUCAAGAGUUUCACCCGCGCCCUCGCCCUGCCCACUUUCUCCGCCUCCUACGGCCAGGAAGGAGACAUCAGAGAGUGGCGGGACCUGACGGAGGAGGAGGAGCAGUACCUGGUGCAGGCCAUGCCCCCCGGCGACAUCUUGGUGAUGGCCGUGCGGGACAUCGUGGAGACUCAGAACAUCACCAACGCGGCCAUCAUUUACGACGACACGUUUGUGAUGGACCACAAAUACAAGUCGCUGCUGCUGAACUUGCCGUGUCGUCACAUCCUCACCAAGGCAGAAGAGACCGAGAUGGCCCUCAGGAAGCAGACCAAGAGGCUUAUGGACGCAGACAUCGUAAACUACUUCGCGGUGGGCAGCCAGGAGACCAUUAGCCGCAUCCUGGACGCCGCCACAGCCAACAGCAUGUUCGGGAGGAAGUACUCGUGGUAUGCUCUCUCCAAGGGCAAGGAGGACAUUCAGUGUGGCUGCGAGAACUCUUCCGUGGUGUACCUGAGGCCCCACCCGAGCCCAGACACCCGAGGGAGGAUCACCAUGCUGCAGCGGGACUACGGGCUGACCGCUGAGCCAAUCAUCGACUCCGUUUUCUAUUUCGACUUCACUAUCCGGGGCAUCAAGGCGGCCGCGCUGUUGGCGCAGGAGGGGAAGUAUGCCAACUUCGAGUACGUGCGGUGUGACGACUACAGCGAGGACAACCCUAUUAUCCGCAACGACCUCAACCUACGCGGCGCACUGCAGAGGGUAUCCAUGACGGACACAUGGGGCAGCCUGAAGUGGGGUAUGAACGGCAUGACCUUCCCGGAGAUUCCCCUCACCAUGGACAAGUUCCUCAUCCUGGCGGGGCGCACGGCGGAACGCAAGGCGCUUGGAGAGUGGGCGGCUGGCAUGCCCGGGACCCUCAUGUUUAAGUCUGGCAUGAACCUUGUGGACCACCAGGCCGUGACGGUGUAUCGCGUGACCACAGUUCGCCAGGCACCUUUCAUCAUGCAGAGGACCAACGAGGACGGCGAGAUCGAGUUUUACGGCUAUUGUAUCGACCUUAUCAACGAGAUCAAGGAAAUUGUGGAGUUCGAAUACGAGAUUUACGAAGCUCCGGAUGGCAAGUUUGGAACAAUGAGUGAAACAAUGGAAUGGGACGGCAUGAUUAAGGAGCUGAUUGAGAAGAGAGCUGACAUCGCCUUGGCCCCACUGUCCGUCAUGGCAGAGCGUGAGAACGUGGUGGAUUUCACGGUGCCCUACUACGAUUUGGUCGGCAUCACCAUCCUUAUGAAGAAACCUAAAGUGCCCACCUCGCUCUUUAAGUUCUUGACUGUGCUAGAGCCCGAGGUGUGGGUGUGCAUCCUCUUCGCCUACGGAUUUACUAGUGUGCUCUUGUACGUGUUCGACCGCUUCAGUCCCUACUCUUACCAGAACAACAAAGAAAAAUACAAGGAUGAUGACGAGAAGAGAGAAUUUACCUUUAAGGAAUGUCUCUGGUUCUGCAUGACUUCCCUUACCCCUCAGGGUGGUGGUGAAGCGCCCAAGAAUCUCUCCGGUAGACUCGUGGCCGCGACCUGGUGGCUCUUUGGCUUCAUCAUCAUCGCUUCCUACACUGCUAACUUGGCUGCUUUCCUGACAGUGUCACGUUUGGACACCCCGAUUGAGUCUUUGGAUGAUCUCAGCAAGCAAUACAAGGUGCAAUACGCGCCCCUCAACGGCUCCUCCACCCAAACUUACUUCGAGCGAAUGGCCUACAUCGAACACAAAUUCUACGAGAUCUGGAAGGACAUGUCUCUGAAUGACUCCAUGAGCCCCGUGGAGCGAGCUAAGCUGGCCGUGUGGGACUACCCGGUGAGUGACAAGUAUACCAAGAUGUGGCAGUCCAUGCAGGAGGCGGGGCUGCCCACCACCCUCACCGGCGCCGUGGAGAGAGUACGAAAGUCCACUUCCUCCAGCGAAGGUUUUGCCUAUAUCGGUGAUGCCACAGACAUCCGCUACCUGGAGCUGACCAGCUGUGACCUGCAGAUAGUGGGUGAGGAAUUCUCCCGAAAGCCGUAUGCGGUGGCGGUACAACAAGGCUCUCCCCUCAAGGACCAGUUUAACGAUGCCAUCCUGAAACUCCUGAACCAGAGGAAGCUGGAGACACUGAAGGAAAGGUGGUGGAAUCAGAAUCCGGAGAAGAAGGUUUGCGAAAAAGAUGAUGACCAGAGCGACGGCAUCAGCAUUGAGAAUAUUGGUGGUGUGUUCAUUGUGAUCUUCGUCGGUAUCGGGCUGGCGUGCGUGACUCUGGCCUUUGAGUAUUGGUGGUACAAGCAUCGCAAGGGGCCCCGUGUGUCAGACUCAGGCCGUGUGCUCAAUGUGAAGUCAGAUAUGGCCAAGACGAACUUCGGCCAACAAGAGAAAUCAAACUUCCAGGCGGAAUACAACCAUCCGGUGGUUGAUGAGUGACUCCACCGCCCUACAGCAACGGUGGUGAGGGUGACUUCAACAUCGCGCCAGUUGGGAAUCCGUGGUAAAGGCAAAAAGGAAAUAUCGUUGCAUGGGUUACUUGUUUCAUUCGCUGCUCUGAGUUUAGAGUUGUCAGCUUCGUUCGUGACUCGUCAGUUUGUAAAGUUUGUCUCAUAUGUGGAAGCUAUGUUCCAGCUGCAAUGCUGCCACUACACUGUUUCUGUCUCUAUUGGUUUGUUUUUUGAGUUAAGGAUUGCUUACGUUUUUAAUUAACCGCUGUACCAAAAGUAAUACUUUAUUGAUUUUAUUUUUCUUAUUUAUUUCAUCUGAUUUAUAUAUCUAUUUCAUCAUUUCAUUUAUUCAUUAUAAUAAUAAUAAUAAUAAUUAUUAUUAUUAUUAUUAUUAUUAUUAUUUUAAUUAUGAUCUCAUUAUUAUUUGCAUUAAAUACUAUUGUUCAUCGUACAUUUUGUAGAUUUCUCCUGAUAAGUUUAAGAUUAAUCAUUGCACCAUUAAUGAAAUCUAUUGUGUAAUGGCCAUAUGCUGAAACUUAUCCCUUUGCGAAUGAACCUAAUUAAUUGGUUAUUUUCUAGCAUAGCCUCGCUUGACCUGAUGUUGCACAUGUGUUGGAUAUGUUUUGUGGAUGUAAAAGGCAAAUAAUAUUGUCUUGGCGAACCACCACCUCCAGCUACUGAAUCUUACCAUCUUACCAAUUUCUUAGUGCAGAUGUUGACGCAUAUUUACAGCUAAGCUCAUUUUCCCUGAACACAAGUUAUGUAAAGAUUUCAAAUUUAGCUUAAAUUUCCAUAAAUAUAACCUGAGUAGAAGGGAAAGAUUUUGGUGUUUGGACAGGCUACAUUAAGUUUACUUUUUUGCCAAGCCCUGCUUCACCAUGCCACACUAGUUGGCUUUAUCUAUGCUAGACAUUUCAUCAUUCUAGUGUGUAUUAAGCAAGUUUUUAGAGAUUAUUUAUAAUAAUGAUUUAAGCACAACUAUAAAGUACUGUAUUUAUGUAUCUGAAGCUCAUUUUGGAAUCUUAAAUGGAGUUUUUGGCAAACAAUAACCAGUAAAAAUUGUUUCUUUGAGUUGCUCAAUACAUACUAUCAUGAAAGUAGGAAAAAGAGAAGUGUACAUAGUGAUAUAAAAGAUUAGGUGAUAUUUAGUAUAUAGUGAUAUCAGUGUUGAUCACAGAGAUUAGCUCCUGUUAUACCCACUAAACAAUUCAAGAAUAUAUAUAUAUAUAUAUAUAUAUAUAUAUAUAUAUAUAUAUAUAUAUAUAUAUAUAUAUAUAUAUAUAUAUAAUCUUUAAACACAUUGUUUGUAAAGUUGUUCAUUUUUCCAACCAGUACAGGCAGCAUUGCCAGUCCUGCUUGACCUUAAUGGUGCUCCUGCAGCAACCAAAACAUGAAGGGACAGGUGACAAUUGUUCAGGGGGAAAAUUUUCCUGACCUUUCAUCACCUGAAUAUAUUGGUGAUGGCUUGGUGCCUUUUUUCUUGAAAGGUUUAGGUUUUUACAUCAGUGUGCUUGAGGUUCAUACUUUUGUAAAACGAAAAAUUACAUGUAUUCCAAAAUAGAUUCCAGUUAUAGCAUUUGUAUCAUUUGGUGAUGAAUUGUACUCAGUGAAAAAAUUAACUUUUGACAUUUUUGUUUUUAAUUGGCUAAUUUAACAUUACAUACAGACUGGCAGUGGUUCCUGUAACAGUUGAAAUGGAUGGCAGCUGUACUAGAUUGCUGUCAAGGUCAGUAACAAACAACUUGUAAGACUUUGACUAGGAUACAUUCCUUUGUAAUGAUAUUAGAUAGACUAUUAUCAAUGAUUCAUUACAAUCAAUCUCCAAAGGUUCCUGCAGUAAAGCUCACCUAAAAGUAGUGUAUCAAUAAGUAUGUCCAGGCAGAUUUAGGGAGUCUAGUCUGGAAGUGUUUAUCCAUUAUAUUUCUAGUCCAAAGGCUCUGGUAGCUCUCUGCCAGCAGUGAAAAUUGUCAUGGACAUACUGUGUAAUAAUGCAUAAAUUUAUAUGUAUAAUAUAACUGGGCACUCAUCUCUCACUAUAAUACCCAUAAUACCCACAGUGACUGGUCAGCCCACAUACAUGAAGUAUUUAAAUGUCAUAAUAGAGGGACCAUCAUGGCUGCCUUUCCCCUCCUUGUGAAUCAUGUCAGAGCAGAAUGGAGUGUCAUUGAUCUCUCGAGUUGUGUGGUACAGAAAUGCUGCCUCCCAAACUUGCAGCAGACAAUGGCUAGUGCUAGGUGCUGACACCUGUUUCAGAGUAACCUUUAAGAAUUUCAACAUUCUCCUAAUAUUUCAUUGCUUAAUUCAUCAUUAUUAUGUCUAUGAUAUAAGAAUUGUCCAUAAUGGAACAGGCUUGUACUAGAUCUUGCUUUUUGACAGCAGGUCUUGUUAUGACAGUCAUCAAUUGUGAAUCUCAGGUUUCCUCAACAUGAUUUUGAUAGGAUGAAGGUAUGUAAUGUUAGUGCAGAGUGAAAUUAUAUUGUUGAAUUUAUCAGGACAUUCUAAAGAAAGAUCCUAGAAUCUUGACCUAAAGAUACAAAUAUACAAUUAUCAUAACUUGUUGGUACAAAAGAAAAUAUUCUGAUGCCUUUACUUAACAAAACUGGUUUACACAUGAUAAAAUCCCAUUUUGAUGGACUUAGUAAUAUAUUUAUUAAUUUCAUAUUCUGCUCCUAAAAUAAUUACUAGUACCUCUUGAGUUGCUGCAGAUGCUGAGAGCCAAACUCUCGGCCUGCCCUGGGUCUGUAAACUGUGCUAUGUUGAUAUAGACAACUGUUCUCUUUCGAGUUGCCAAAUCAAAAAGAAGAGUACUCAACAAGAUAUCUUAUAUCAAAGCUUGGACAACAGGCAUACAUAUAAUGUGCAUUUGAUUUUUGUAUCAUUUUUGUAACAAUAAAGAAUAUGUUCAUGAGAUCCACAAAAAUGAGGUUUUGUUAGGUGUUGUUCUAAAUCAGAAAACAGUGUAAAAGUAUGAUCAUAUUUUGAAGCCAUUUAACCUUAUUGAUAAAUCUAAUAAAUAAAUUCUAUUAAUAA